GAUUUUGGAGUGGCGUAAUAUUUAUCCCUCGCUAAAUCAGGGAAAGGAUUUCAUUGCACAUUUUGUUUGAUUUAGUUUAGACCUUAAACAGCUGUUUAUUCUGUAGAAAAGCUUGUUUUAGUUAGUAUUAGUUUAGAAAAAGGAAGACAGACGUGGGUCUAAAGCCGCCACAACACAACAAUGCGAGUACCUAAAGCACUUAAUCCAAGACUCCAAAAGCAGCUUUUAUUAAGAUUCGGAGUAUAUGAAAAGGUAUAUCCUGUUGAGACAACUCCAAGCAGAACAGUCCCAGACCAUAUUGAGAAGCCAGAGUAUGUGUUACAGAAACAGCCAAUGGUGUUACCAGACCAAGCGGAAGUUAAAGAUGUCAAUCAAUUACGGGGAAUGAGGAGAAGUUGCAAAUUGGCUGCUAAUAUAUUAUCUCAUGUUCAGAAGAAUAUCUAUCCAGGAAUAACUACUGACGAAAUUGAUGGAUUGGUACACAAGUUAACAGUGGAAGCUGGAGCAUAUCCAUCCCCACUGCAUUAUAAAGGGUUUCCAAAAAGCGUAUGCACGUCUGUGAACAAUGUAGCGGUACAUGGCAUACCCGACCUGAGACCAUUACAGGAUGGUGACAUCAUCAAUGUCGAUAUAACAGUUUUCUUCAAAGGGUUCCAUGGAGACUGUUCUAAUACCUUUCCUGUUGGAAAAGUAGAUGAUCGAGGAUUAGAGCUUAUCAGUAUUACGGAAGAGUGCCUCAAUAUUGCAAUCAAAACCUGUGGUCCAGAGGUACCAUUUAGCGAAAUAGGGGCAUCGAUAUUUAGACAUUCGAAAAGAAAUGGGCUAACAGUGCUGCCAGCUUUCAUAGGCCACGGUAUUGGCCAAUAUUUCCAUGGCCCCCCAGACAUUUACCACACAUUAAAUCGCUACCCCGGGCAAAUGAGGCCAGGUAUGACGUUCACAAUCGAACCCGUUUUGUCGCACGGUAGCAAGCACACAUUGAUACUGCCUGAUGGGUGGACGGUGGUCACAGAAGACGGGGCUAGGAGCGCUCAAGCGGAACACACAGUUCUAGUCACUGAGGAUGGUGCCGAGAUCCUUACCAAGUAGAGCGUAUUGUUGUUAAUUUAUUCAUGUUAUGUUCAUACCUUGCCUAUAGGCAAGAAAUAGCGCAGUCCGCACGCGAGUUCAGAGGAAUCGAAAUACACUCGAUUGACCUAUUAAUAUAAGAAUCACUCCCGAAUUCUCAGUUUUCGCGCGGUAAUGAAUAACGGGUAACGACCUCUACCGCGAACCAUCCAACACCUAUGCGAGUGAUAGAGGCAGAUAUAUAUCGAAAAUUAGAUUUUCGCGGUUGAGCCUUAUAGGGCCAAUUACAUCCACAUGCAAACGGACCCGAGUAAGAGUAUUUUUCCGUUUCACCAAAUAUCAGCACAUUUAUACAGUAUUUGACAUGUAAAAAUUACUGUCUCUAAUUGCCAUUAAUUAAAUGUUUGAUAUUUUUUGCAUAUGAACCAUUUUUUAGGGUUCCGUACCCAAAGGGUCCCGCUAUUACUAAGAGUCCACUGUCCGUCCGUCUGUCACCGGGCUGUAUCUCAUGAACCGUGAUGACAGUUGAAAUUUUCACAGAUGAUGUAUUUCAAAUACUAAAAAGUACGGAACCCUCGGUGGGCGAGUCCGACUCGCACUUGCCCGGUUUUUUACAUUUCAAAUAUUGUUAACGACGUGCUGAUGAAUAAAUGAUAUUCCGUGAAACGGAAAACUAUUAUCAGGCCCGAUAUCGGAAAGUGUGGAUGUAAUUGUCCCUUAUGUACUCAUAGUACCUGAUCUGUUAUGUUUGAUAGUAAGAGUUGCACGAGAGGUCUGAAAUGUAUGUUGAAGUUAGGUUAAUAUAUGAUAGCAAAACUGCCAAAUAAAUCAUACCAAUUAUCUUUAGUGCAAUUGUAAAAAUGUAGUUGUUCUUUGUUACCUAUAUACUUGUUGUUGUAUGCCUACAUAGCAUUAGUAGUCAAUUUUAUGUAAAUAAAACCAUAAAGAUCAG